AGCCCGCUGCAAAUAAGGCCGCUGUCCUGGAGAGCUCCGACGACGACGAUGAGCCCGUGCGGAAGCCGGCGCUGAAGGCCAAUGCGUUAUCCGCAGUGAAGCCCGCUGCAAAUAAGGCCGCUGUCCUGGAGAGCUCCGACGACGACGAUGAGCCCGUGCGGAAGCCGGCGCCGAAGGCCAAUGCGUCAUCCGCAGUGAAGCCCGCUGCAAAUAAGGCCGCUGUCCUGGAGAGCUCCGACGACGACGAUGAGCCCGUGCGGAAGCCGGGGCCGAAGAGGGCGCGUGAAUCCGAGCCGAGUGACGAGGAGGGGCUUGUGAAGAAGUCUAUUCGGACGGAGAAGGGAUCAGUGGUGCGGCAGUCCAAAGAGUGGAAUAAUAAAGAUGUCGUUGGCGGUCGAAGCAGUAAUGGGAAGGGUGGAAGUGUGGUGCGUCGCUUUCAGCGUAUUGACCCAACGAAAGUUGUUUUCUCACAGGAUGAAUUAAAGGAUAACCGACCGGGAGAUGAACAUAUGGUGCUUCGGCAAAAUCAAGAGAUGAUGCGUGUAAAGGGUAAGAAUUUUAACAAGCUGAAACAGAAGAAUAAGGCGAAGUUCUACGCUGCUGGCGUGGAUACGAGUGUUAGGGCAUUUCAGUUUGAUGAUAGCGAUUAG